AUGUCUUCCACUCGCUCAUUACUUCAUAGGUUAACAAAAAUAAAUAAUAAAUUCAUAUUAGCAAUUGUUAUUUCAAUUUCAUUAAUAUGCUUAUUAACAACGUCUUCAUCAAGUUCAAAUUCAUUUUUACCAAAUUUAAAUACAUCUCAUCCAAAUGUUUUACAAAAAAUCAAAUCAACAAGUGAUAAUAAACCAAGUAAUAUCAUCACUGAUUCUCAAGGUUAUGAAAUUUUAGAUUAUGAUCGUGAACAUAUUAAAUAUAUUUCACCUGAAAUUAUUGAUUCAAUUUAUAAUAAUACUGAUUUAGAUUCUAUUGAUUGGACAAAAUAUGCUUAUAUUCUUUAUGCAACUUCAACAAAUCAUAUGUGUAAUGCAAUGAUGAUUUUUGCAGAAUUAAGAAAAUAUGAAACUCGUGCUCAAUUAGUCUUGUUAGUUAAUAAUAAAUUCUUGGAAGAUCCUAUAAAACAUGAAUAUGAAUUUAAUACUUUAACAAGUUUUAGUAAAAAAUUUAAUGUCUUGUUAAAAGCAACCCAAGUUAAAACAAUGAAUGAUAAACAAGAUGUUAAUAUUUGGAUUUCAAGUUUUACAAAAUUAAUGGUUUUCAAUGAAACUGAUUAUAAUCGUGUUAUUUAUUUAGAUUCUGAUGCUAUACUUCCUCAAUCAAAUUUAGAUGAAUUAUUUUUCAUACCACAUACUAAAUUAGCUUCUGUUACUGGAUAUUGGCUAACUCAAGAACGUUAUGCUAAACAAGAAUAUUUAAAAUAUCAUGCAAAUCAAUAUAAUUUUAAACCAAAAUCUCAAAUGGAAAAACAAUUAGAAAUGAAUGAAUUUAUUUCUAAAAACAUUUCACCUUUUCAAAAUUCCAAGGGUUUUUUACCAAUAAAUAAUAAAGCUAAUGAAACAACAAUGGAAUUCAAGAUUAAUGAAUUGAAUUUCCAAAAUAAUUUAUAUAAUAAUUUACCAAAUUUCCCAUUUUUAGAUGAAUAUUCAUUUACAAAUAUUAUAAUGGUUAUUGAACCAAGUAAAGAAUUAUUUCAACGUAUUGAAGCAUCAUUUGAUCAAAGAAAAAAAAAUGAAUUUGAUAUGGAUAUUAUAAAUUUUUAUGUUUUCAAAUUAAUUAAAUCAUUAGAAUUACAAAAAGAUAGAGCCAAACCCCAAAUUGAAUCUUUGGAAGAUUUUGAUUCACCAGAAUUUUUAAUUUUACCUCAUCAACGUUAUGGUGUAUUAACAUCAGAAUUAAAUACUGUAACAGAUCAUAAAUCAUUUUUAGCAGAUCCAAUGGAUCAACCAUUUGUUUAUCAAAAACAUGGAUUAAUCACAGGGGAUAAUGAACCACCAUAUUAUGAUUUAUCAGCAAUUGAACAACAAUCUGAAAAAUUUAUUCCAAAUAUUAAAUAUUUACAUUAUUCAGAUUUACCAAUACCAAAACCAUGGAUUGAAAAAAAAAUUGAAGAUAAUUAUAUGUCAAAUAGAUUACGUUGUUCAAAUCAUAAAGAUUUUAUUAAAAAUCCAAAUAAUAAAAGAGUUAAACCAAAAGGUACUACUAAAGAUUGUUCCGCGGGGAAAUAUUGGGAAUAUAGUCAUGAAUUAUUUGAAAAAAUUAGAAUGGAUGUUUGUGGAUUAAGAUUAAAAUGGGUUGAUGGGAAUGCUUAUACAAAUGAUCAAAAUUGA